CGAUUGCUUGUCGUGCACUUAUCACUGUGGCAGCAUCUAAUACCUCCGGUGGCGGACUAAUCCGAGUCCUGGCGGUGGGAUAAUAGGGGGGGCGGGGGAACAUGGGGGAAUGUAGCAAAGAAAAUGAUGUUCAGCUGGUGCCGAAGUUCGAGUGGAGCGUCUGUGAUAUCUGGAAAGCAGGGUGUUCCCGGCCGCCUCUGUGGAUUGACGUGCAUCUGCGCAAGCCAUGGGUGGUUUUCACACCGGACUGGAGAUCGAUUCAGGUGUGGAACUAUGAAGAAGGGAAACUGAUCGCCUGCUGGCUGAUAUCGGAUCUGAACGAUGCCUUCGAAGCGAAAUUCAUCGUCCAGAAAAACUGGAUCGUUGUACGCCGCUUCACCAGCCUCGUCGUGUACGAAAUCCAGGAGCUGAGCUUGCGGUGCGUCAAAGUGUUGCAGGCCCCCCGGUCAAAUUGCGUGUACGGACUCGCCGUACAUCACAGUCUAUCCUACCUUUUGACGUCUUUCCACGACGGGAACGUGGUGCUGUGGGACUGGGCCCGGGAAUGGGAAAAGAUCACUUUCAAAGGUCAUUCUAAGAUGGUUAACGUCGUGGCAUUUCACCCGGUUGACUCGCACAUAGUCGCGAGUGGCUCGGACGAUCUGACAAUCAAAAUUUGGGAUGUGCAGAAGAGGUGUGUGGUCAGAACGAUGCAGGCGACAGGCAUGGGACUGAUUCAAGGCAUGGACUUUUGCAGCGAAGUGCAGAGGUCGCUUCUGAUUACUUCGCACAUCAUAGAGGGAAUCGUAUUGGUCUGGGACUACACAAUCGGGGUCUGCGUAGCGAAAUUGGGGGGUCAUAAUCGGGGGAUAAGGUCGGCCUUCUUUCAUCCGCACUUGCCGUACGUCCUUAGCGCAUCUGGUGACGGAGAGAUCAAAGUGUGGAGCGUACCGAAGUUCGAACUCGUGUCCUUCUUCUCGUGUGGAUUGGGUGACCAGCUGGUAAGCAUGGUGCCUUGCAAAAACUCCAACAUGCUAGUUCUGGGAAGUAAGGAAAAGUUUAUGGCUGUGGAGGUGGCGAUCGGAGCGGCAGGAGGAGGAAGAGGAGGAGGAGGAGGAGGAGGAGGAGGAGAAGGGGAGAAAGGAGGACAGACAAGUACGUUAAUCAAUAGCAUCAACGCGCAGGUGCUGGUCUUAAGAAAGAGGAUCGAAGAGUUGGAGAACCAGUCAGUGCUUGCCAGACUAGAGUAUGAGAGGAAAAUUAGGCUAGAGGUGGCCAUUGUGGAGUUGAAGUGCAUGAGGACAAUGGAUGAGUUAAGAGCAGAGCAUCAGGCAAAGGAGAGAGCCCAAGCAGAGCGGAUUCGACAUCUGGAAGCUGAGGUGAAAACUAUGAAGGCACAGAUGGUAUCGGUGGUGUUGCAGCUGGAGGCAGGCGUGUAUGCGUACGACCAGUCCCAGCAGAGUGACACCAAGCAGUGUUUGUUGGUGCUCUUCUUUCCUGUAGCAUAUGGAGUGGGUCGAAAGGUAGAGGGGUUGCAGCUGGCGGCAGACGCAUAUGCAUAUGACCAGCCCCAACAGAGUGACAGCAAGCGGCGUUUGUCGGUGCUCUUCUUUCCUGUAGCAUAUGGAGUUGGUCGAAAGGUAGAGGGGUUGCAGCUGGCGGCAGACACAUAUGCAUACGACCAGCCCCAGCGGAGUGACAGCAAGCGGCGUUUGUUGGUGCUCUUCUUUCCUGUAGCACGUGGAGUUGAUCAAAAGCUGAAGUGGAACUCAGCUGAACUCCAUGUAAUGGAACUGGAACUGGAACUGGAACUGGAACUGGAACUCCAUGUAAUGGAACUAGAACUGGAACUCCUUUUAGUGGAACUGGAACUGGAACUCCAUGUAAUGGAACUGGAACUGGAACUGGAACUGGAACUCCAUGUAAUGGAACUGGAACUGGAACUCCAUGUAAUGGAACUGGAACUGGAACUGGAGCUCCACGUAAUGGAACUGGAACUGGAACUGGAGCUCCAUGUAAUGGAACUGGAACUGGAACUGGAGCUCCAUGUAAUGGAACUGGUGUUUAAUAAGUGGAACUGGAACUGUGGUGGAACUGAGUGGGACUCUGCGGACCCAUUGCCGUCGACGUGGAACUAAGUGGAACUGUGUGUGUUGCUGUCUGAUUCUUGGUAGAAAGGUACAGGAGUUUGGAGUUGGUGGCACACUACUGCGUAAGACUUAGCGGAGAGGAACGGGUCUUUGGCCUGUCAGUGGUGCCAAUUGUGUUUUGGGACCGAGGGUGGAGCGGACUUAUCAGAGGUCCAGGUGUAAUCCUUUCGCUGAAGUGGAACUGCGUGGCACUAAGUGGAACUCGGUGACACCAAGUAGAACUGCGUGGUACCAAGUGGGACUAAGUGGAACUGUGUGUAGCUUUCUCAUUCUUGGUUGAAAUGGACAGGUGUUGGAGUCCGUGGCAGACAGCCGCCGAAGCGGGACGGGAAGGAUUUUUGGCCCAUCUAUGGUGCCAAUUAUGGUUUGGGACCUAGCCUGGAGCCCCGGUUUACGAGAGGUUUGGGUCUAAUCCUUCUUCGGCUGCAGUCGCGUUGCGUGAACUGGACGUGGAACUGAGCAGAACUGAGCGGAACUGAGCGGAACUGAGUGGAACUAAGUGGAACGUCGGCAGUCUAUUGAAAAACUUUAGAAAAGGUUUGCCACCCUCGUGGAGGGGGUCUGAGGAUCUUGUUGUGUGUUGCCGGUUGAUUCUUGUUGCUUGUGAACUCUCUGUAGCCAGUCGAUUGAAAGAAGGUUUGCCACGCUCACUGAUUUGUUUUCUGUGUUCUUUGCAAAAUAGAAGUCAAUUGAAGCAGUAUCUCAAAGGAUGGCAGCAUACAGCUUUUUCUGGCGCAAGCUGCAUGGAAGCCAGAUGUGCCUUGUGGUGUGUUUUGCUGGUUGUUUGUUACAAUCAGUCAUGAGAGAGAUGGGGAGGAGAGAGAGGAGAAAAGUCCAUUUGUUUGCUUGCACAAGGCGUGCAAGUAGUGGUGAGCAGAUUGGAGGAAUGAGAGACGAAAGUUUUACGUGAAGGAGUAGAGAUAGGCUGGAAGAGGUGUGAAUAUAGGUAGGUAGUAUGUGAGACAGGGAGGCGUUUCUGCCUCAGGCUGAGGUUUUGUCACAUAAUGAUUGAGUUUGAAUGUAACAGCCGU